AGUGCGGUGUGACAGCGCUGGAUGAAGGUGUAGGUCUAGCUGAAAGGCAACACCAGCAGGUUUUAAGGAGAUGAUGGCCCCCUCGGGUUAAUCAUUAAUACUCCCGGUCUACUGCCAGUCUUCUGUAAAUAAGAUAAAUGCUCUCAAGGCACUCACGUCAGUGUCGUACCAUUUCAGACACAGCACAGCUUUAAUUAAGACCGGAAGGCAUUACCUGUUUUAGUGGAUUAACGGCUUGACGUGGAUAAAGGUGUUUUUGGAUCGAAAUCUUACGUCCGGUCAGACGUGUACCGGAUCUGAGAUGUGCGUCUCUGGAUCUACUUUGGACGAGUGUAUUGUUUUUAAUUUGUUAAUGCUUGCAACUGAGUGACGUUGCGUUCGAAAUAAAGUUCCAGCUGUUUCCUUUUAAUCGUCUCGAUAACAUACAAAUGAAAAGAAACAGAGGAAGUCCAGUGAAGAGUAAUAACACGUUUCAUCAGCUACAGCCACCGCAGCCGAAGCGGACUUACAGUGCUGAUGAUCUCCAUCACACCGACCAUCACGAUCUCAGAAACAUGUUCUUCAAAGACAAGUUUGAUGAAGAGGAAGAGGAUUCAGGGAUUAAAUCAGAGGCUGAUGAGAGCAAUGGAACCAUCUCCUCUGAAGACGACUUAGAUCAUCUCGACUAUUCGAAGAAUUUCACUCUGAAGCAAACGGUGACAAAGAAGAGCAUCAGUGAAAUCAUCAAGGACAAGAAGAAACAAACUCAGUUAACGCUUCAGUGGCUUGAGGAAAAUUAUAUCGUUUGUGAAGGAGUCUGCUUGCCUCGGUGCAUCCUCUAUGCGCAUUACCUAGACUUCUGUCGCAAGGAGAAAUUAGAUCCUGCUUGCGCUGCCACUUUCGGCAAGACUAUACGGCAAAAAUUCCCACUCCUAACAACUCGAAGGCUCGGCACCAGAGGCCAUUCGAAGUAUCAUUACUAUGGAAUCGGGAUUAAAGAGAGCAGUGCUUAUUAUCAUUCAGUGUACUCAGGAAAAGGGCUGACCAGAUUCUCUGGGAGCAAGCUCAAAAAUGAGGGAGGUUUCACACGAAAAUAUUCUCUCAGUUCUAAAACAGGAAUGUUGCUACCGGAAUUCCCAAGUGCACAACAUUUAUUGCUUCACGAGUCCAUUUCGAAAGAAAAGGUCGACACACUGAUCAUGAUGUACAAAACUCACUGCCAGUGUAUUCUCGACAACGCCAUCAGUGUCAACUUUGAAGAGAUCCAGAACUUCUUGCUGCAUUUCUGGCAAGGCAUGCCCGACCAUCUCUUACCUCUGCUGGAGAAUCCAGUAAUCGUGGAUAUCUUUUGUGUGUGUGACUCCAUACUAUACAAGGUCCUGACUGAUGUUCUCAUUCCUGCUACAAUGCAAGAUAUGCCGGAAAGUCUUUUGGCAGAUAUCCGAAAUUUCGCAAAACUCUGGGAGCCCUGGAUGGUUUCAUCCUUGGAAAAUCUACCAAAAAUCCUGUCAGAAAAGAAGCUGCCGAUAGCUCGGCGCUUUGUCUCCUCCUUAAAGCGCCAGACGUCAUUCUUACACCUUGCUCAGAUUGCAAGACCGGCUCUUUUUGAUCAAAACGUCGUGACGGCCAUGGUGAACGACGUUGAUAAAGUAGAUUUAAACAGCAUCGGCUCCCAGGCUCUCCUCUCAAACACUGGCGACCCGGACCUGGAUUUCUACUCCGAAUAUGACUCUGUCGCAGUGUUCCAAGAGUUAAAGGACCUCCUGAGAAAAAACGCCACCGUCGAGUCUUUUAUUGAGUGGCUGGACUCUGUGGUGGAACAGAAAGUCAUUAAGCCCAGUAAACAGACCGGCCGCUCAGUGAAAAAAAGAGCCCAAGACUUUUUACUGAAAUGGAGUUUUUUUGGAGCUCGUGUGAUGCACAGCCUCACCUUAAACAACGCCAUGAGCUUUGGCUCCUUCCACCUCGUUCGGAUGCUGUUGGAUGAAUAUAUCCUGCUGGCAAUUGAAACACAGUUCAAUAAUGAUAAAGAGCAAGAUCUACAGAAUCUCCUGGAUAAAUAUAUGAGAAACGCAGAUGCCAGUAAGGCGACGUUUACGGCUUCCCCGAGUUCAUGCUUCCUGGCAAAUCGUAAUAAAGCAGGGAUUGUGAACAACGAUUCGUCCGUGAAGAACGAGACCCCACCAGAGUAUGCACAUCUGUCUAUCCCAGGAACUGAGCAUGGACUGGCGGCCACCAUGCUGGUGUACCAGGGGACAGAUACGGACAGCUUUACACUAUCUGGCCAGUUGGACUACUCCCAGAGCAGUGGUCCGUUGAUCACCCCUCCCAUCUCUCCGGCCAUGGCGAACCGAGGCAGCGUGAUCAACCAGGGCCCGAUGGCAGUGAGAUCGCCAGGCCACUGUCCUGUCCAGCCUCACGCACCCUGCCAGGCUUUCCCUGAUGGCAUGUACCAAAGCCUGCCUGCCUCCAACUACUGUACCAGCACCUCCACCUACCAACCUACGAACCUGACACAGACCCACACACCCCCCUCGGCUUACCCGGCUCGCAACGAGUGUUCACGCUACUCCUCCUUCAGUGGUCAACAGCUGGCUAAGGACUGCUUUAAUAGCAGCUGCAGUGGUGUAGCGUACAGCUCCAGAACCUCGUCAGUAAGCUACCCGUCCACCUCCGAGCCCACCAUCGAGGUUCAGGGGGUGCAGCUAAUGGACUACGGAUUUGCAGGAAGUGCAGGAGGAUGUUCAGGUCCAGUAUACACCAGCGCAUCACACAGCGGCUACUAUGGGAACAGUGGCUAUGUGGAUGCGCAGCGGAUGGGCUCUCUAAUCGAUCAGCAUGUAUCAGUGAUCAGCAGUGUGACCUCCACUCGCUCUGUCCCCGCAUACGCUGAGGUCCAUGACCCUCUCAACAUCCUGAACGACACGAGCAGAAAGCCAGCAGCACCUUACUACCCCGUGCAAUCUCCUCUAAUUACACGCUCAGCAGGUUCUUCGAUAGCCCCUCCGAUCCCUUGCUCUGUUUCUCCGUGCAUGUAUGGCGCUGCUGCUCAGUAUCACCAUACACAAGAUGCCUUGCUACCUCACCAUAGUGGCGCUGAGGUGCGGAACAUGGUGUCCUCCCUGCCUCCCAUCAACACCGUGUUCAUGGGGUCGACCGGAGGACCACCGUGACUGUUAAUAACUCUUAUUUCACUGACUCGUCUAAUGAAAUAAUAACAUUUAAAAUUUCAUAAAAAUUCAAAACAAAAAUUCAAAACACAGACUCUUCAGUGCUACCAGAUAGACUAGAGGAGAGUCAGCAGGUCUGUAUUUAAAAAAUUGGUAUUUUAGAGAAAAAAUAUUAUAUAUAGAAAAUUAUUUAAAUGUACAUGUAAUGCAAAGAUGCUAUAUGUAUCUGCUAUCUAUAUCUGUUUAGUGCUCCAAGCAUCCGUAUCUGUACCUGUAUCUGUAUGUUGUCUUUGGAUUUAGUCCCUGUUUACAUUAGAGCGUUUUCGUUUUAAAACUGUUGCUACGGUUACGCCUGUCUUCUAAACUACUCCGGCGUUUUCAACCUUCGAAAACGGAGACUUUUGGAAAGACCCCAUAUUAGUUUGAAAACUACGGCUUUGCGUUUCAGUGUAAACGGACCAAAACGCAGACUUUUGAAAAUUAAGGUGUGGCUCCGCCCACAUUCGCCCCCUGAUUGGGACUUCUGGAUCAUCGCGUAUCCUUCCCUGAUUCGUCAAGCCCCUACCACAUGACCGUUACGCUACCUUGAUCGUAUACACAUCAACACGGGGACUGAACCGCAAGCUUUUCUGGCUUUGUCGUCAUUCUUAGCAGCCGUUGUGCAGUUCAAUCCUGUAUUUUAUAAUACUGCAGCUGCCUACAUGCACAAGAGGCGAGCUAUGAUUAGAGCGAUCGCCGACAAAUCUCAUUUCGAGCGGCGUAAGUCCUACAUGGAACACCGGCUUGGACUAGCAACCAACUUCCUGUUCACACUUGUGUGCGCAUUCCUAGUGUGCCUGAACGGUCAUGUGAUGUGCGUUUUCGGUCGUGUAGUAUGGACAGAGAUGGGCGAGGAACAUUUUCGUUUUAAAACGGCGUUAGUGUAAACAAGGCCUUAAAAUCUGAAGUGGGCGUGGCCUAAACCAAUAGGGUGUAUUUUUAUGCACGAAACUACUGGAUAACUGAGAGAGAGAGAGAAAAAUAAGAUCUCAAAGGUAGAAAUGGCAGCAUUGUUAAUAUACUGCGUAAUGUGUGUGUAGAUAAUGGAGAAUAAAAAUCAUUCUAGCAGUUGACACUGGGAAACUGGAAAAAACGUGGUUAACAAAUGUAGUUGGCUCAAUUUCCCCAAAAUAUAAAAACCAACAGUCUAAUUUAAACCACCGUGACCCUGACCGGCCGGUAACUUGUCCUGCAAGCUUCAUAUCAGACAGCAAAAAAAUGUUAUUUUAAAAACUUUUUUUGUUGCAUAACCAGAAUCAGGAUCCCAGGCCUGAAGCACACCUCUAGUCUCAAUCAGAUUCCCUAUGAACUAAUCCCGACAAGCUUUCUUUAAUAAAAACAAAAGAAAGAAAGUAAAAAACCAAACCGGAUUUGUGUAUCUGUAUUUGUAUCAGUUUAUCUGUUCAUUCUGAAUAACGUCUUCAUAUCCAGUUACGUCCCUAAGUAUGAAAUAUUGUAUAUGUGUAUGUAUAUAUUGUAAGAUUUCUCCGUGGACAUUUGUUAUUAGAGAGGUUAUGUAAAGACAUGACAUCACAUCGCGCCUUAAAUCGCCUUUAAGUGCAGGAUUUCUGGUCGUUUAACCCGACAGGUACGCUGUAGUCAAUUUUCAAGAGGGACAACUUCCUGUUUUGUAUGUUCCACAGUCUAGGGGUUUUUAACAGUCCGUAUAUCUGACAAUUGUCCUCGUUGAUGAAAUGCACUAAUAAUGCUCCAAGGUUGUACGCUAAGAGAGUAACCUUAUCGCACAAUAUCCGCGAAACGAGCAACAGCACGGGAUUACGAUCUGUCGUGUAGCCGCCGUGUGUUUGAUGUCAUCUUUAUCUUUCCGCAUAACACCCGUGAAAAGAGAUGUUUAACAGAUAAACCGGACAAACCGUCUGUGGUCCAGCUCUAGAUUACAGGCCGGAAACACCAAUGAAGAAGCUGUGGAUCAAAGUCAGUUAUCUGCACGGUGACAGAUUAGCUGAUUUCUCUUUUGUACAAUGGCUGAAGAUAAAGCUGCGAUAAAGAUGUUGACCAAAACCAAAGCCAAUAGAGAUGUUUGAGGUCACAAGCUGUUUAUACAUCGUGACCCUGAGGAAAGGAAAAAAAAAAAAGGAGUGUUUUAUCCCUCGCUGUGUUCUCCAAUUUAAGCUUUGUUAGCCUUUCAGCAGAUGGAAGCUAAUAAAACCAUAAUCAGUAACAUUAGAUUGGAUGCUGCAUUUGUGUACAGAAAUGAUACGGCCUCAGGGCUGCACGCCGUAUUUGUAUAUAUACUGAGCUGAUACAUACUCGGAUGAGGAUUUCACCAUUUGUCCAUUUGUCCAUAUUGUUUAUAAAGA